UUUCUUCUUUGUAAAAUAUGGCCGACAUUUUGAUAGUGCUGUCAUGAAGAUUUCCCAGUGACAAUUUUUUAACUUUGUAGUUCUUCAUGCACGGUUUUAAGUUCCAAUAAUAUUUUAGUUUUUUUAACUCCAUAAAAGGUGUGUAGUGUAAGAUUAUUUUCUUUACAAUAUGGCAGCUGACCGUGAAAUAGCUGCUGAAGACAGCAUUAGAGUGGUAUGCCGAUUUCGGCCACUCAAUGACUCCGAAGAAAAGGCUGGUUCUAAAUUCAUUGUGAAAUUUCCUUCAGGCCCGGAUGAUAAUUGUAUUUCCAUAGGGGGCAAAGUAUACCUAUUUGACAAAGUCUUCAAACCCAAUGCGACACAAGAAAAAGUUUAUAAUGAAGCUGCUAAAAGUAUUGUUUCCGAUGUGCUGGCCGGGUACAACGGAACCAUAUUUGCAUACGGACAGACAAGCUCUGGAAAAACACAUACCAUGGAGGGUGUCAUAGGUGAUCCAGGAAAACAGGGUAUCAUACCACGAAUAGUGAACGACAUAUUUAACCACAUCUAUGCAAUGGAAGAAAAUCUUGAGUUCCAUAUUAAAGUUUCUUAUUUUGAAAUCUAUAUGGACAAAAUCAGAGAUCUCCUAGAUGUCUCGAAGGUGAACCUGAGUGUCCAUGAGGACAAAAACAGAGUCCCAUUUGUAAAAGGUGCUACUGAAAGAUUUGUGUCAAGUCCCGAGGAAGUUUUCGAAGUUAUUGAAGAGGGAAAAUCUAACCGGCAUAUUGCUGUUACAAACAUGAACGAACACUCUUCUAGAUCUCAUUCAGUCUUCCUCAUAAACGUCAAACAGGAAAACUUGGAAAAUCAAAAGAAACUUUCAGGAAAAUUAUACCUUGUGGAUUUGGCUGGUUCUGAAAAGGUAUCAAAAACUGGUGCUGAAGGCACGGUGCUCGAUGAAGCUAAGAAUAUCAAUAAGUCCUUAUCUGCCUUGGGUAAUGUUAUCUCGGCUCUAGCAGAUGGAAACAAAUCCCACAUUCCCUACAGAGAUUCCAAACUCACCCGUAUCCUACAAGAGUCCCUCGGAGGUAACGCUAGGACAACCAUCGUGAUUUGUUGCUCCCCUGCAUCCUUUAACGAAAGCGAAACCAAAAGUACACUCGACUUCGGUAAAAGAGCAAAGACUGUCAAGAAUGUUGUAUGUGUCAACGAGGAACUCACGGCAGAGGAAUGGAAGCGUCGUUACGAAAGGGAAAAAGAGAAGGUGGCUAGGCUGAAAGGAAAGGUUGAGAAGUUGGAGGCCGAGAUCAGCCGUUGGCGGUCAGGUGAGACCGUGCGUCCGGAGGAACAAGUCAACCUGGUUGAGAUUGACGCUGUCACUCCUGUGACGUCAUUCAUCGAAGACAAACCACCAGCAGCGCCCGUGCCAGUGGCUGUGUCUAGCGUGGUGGAGGAUGCUGCCAUGCAGGGCAAGCUGGAGGCGCUGUACCAGCAGCUGGACGACAAGGACGAGGAGAUCAACCAGCACUCGCAGCUCGUGGAGAAGCUGAAAGAGCAAAUGAUGGAGCAGGAGGAGCUGAUCGCGUGCACGAGACGCGACUACGAAGCUCUGCAGGGCGACAUGAACCGCAUCCAGCAGGAGAACGAGGCGGCCAAGGAGGAGGUGAAGGAAGUGCUGCAGGCGCUCGAGGAGCUCGCUGUCAACUACGACCAGAAGUCCCAGGAGGUCGACAGCAAGAGCCGCGAGUGCGACCAAAUGGCUGAGGACCUGCAGGCCAAGCAGAGUGCUCUGGCGACUGCGACGGCCGAGUUGCAACAGCUGCGUGACAUGUCGGCGCACCAGCGCAAGCGCAUCGCCGAGCUGCUGACCAACCUGCUGCGCGACCUGGCGGAGAUCGGCGCGGCCGUAGGCGGCUCCGAGUUGGACUUCAAGCUGAACGUGGACACCGUGGGCAAGCUGGAGGAGGAAUUCACCGUGGCCCGCCUCCACAUCAGCAAGAUGAAGAGCGAGGUCAAGAACAUCGUGCAGCGCUGCCAUUCGCUCGAGUCCGCCAAUAUUGACGCUAAUCAGAAGAUCGAGGAGUACGAGCGGUCGCUGGGAGAGUGCCGGCUUCUGAUCUCGCAGCACGAGGCGCGGUGCGCGUCCCUCGCCGAGUCCAUGCGCGAGGCCGAGAACAAGAAACGACAGCUGGAGGAAGCUGCUGAUGCGCUGAGAGAGGAGUGUGCUCGUCUACAGGCGGCGGAGCGCGUGCAGCAGGCGGCGGCGGAGCAGCGCGCGGACACGCAGGUGCGAGCGGCGCUCGAGGCCCAGCUGGAGCAGCUGCGCGCCUCGCACGCCACGCAGCUGGCCGCCCUGCGCGACGAGCUGGCCGCGCUGCAGAGACAGCACCAGGACCUCAAGGACACGUACCAGGAACUGACGCUGGCGCGCCAGCAGCUGCAGGACGACUACGACAAACUGAAGCGCGAGGAGGCGGACAAGUCGGCGAAACUCAAGGAGCUAAUCCAAAGUGUGGAGCGCCGCGAGCAAGCCCGCGCCGACCUCAAGGGGCUGGAGGACACCGUGGCUAAGGAGCUGCAGACUUUGCACAACCUGCGGAAACUGUUCGUCCAGGACCUACAGGCGCGCAUCAAGAAGUCGACGAACUCGGAGGAGGGCGCGGAGGAGGAGGGCGGCUCGCUCGCCCAGAAGCAGAAGAUCUCGUUCCUGGAGAACAACCUGGAGCAGCUGACGAAGGUGCACAAGCAGCUGGUGCGCGACAACGCCGACCUGCGCUGCGAGCUGCCCAAGCUGGAGAAGCGGCUGCGCGCCACCAUGGAGCGAGUCAAGGCGCUCGAGACCGCGCUCAAGGAAGCUAAGGAGGGUGCUAUGCGCGACCGCAAGCGGUACCAGUUCGAGGUGGACAGGAUCAAGGAGGCGGUGCGCGCCAAGAACCUCGCGCGCAGGGGCGUGCAGGCACAAAUCGCGAAGCCGAUCCGCGCGGGCGGCGGGCACCUGGCGGGCGCGGCGGGCGUGGUGCGGCCGGCGCCGGCGCACGACAUCAAACGUAAAUCCAUUGUUGUUGGCGCGCGCGAGGAAAGUUGAAGAGACAGCCGUUACGUCAUAGAGAAUCUUACUGAAACUUUAUAGAUGUACUCUAGCAUAAGGCGGCAAAAUCAUUCUUGAAAAAAUAUACCCAUAUAAUAAUUCUAAUAAUGUUUACGAAAGCCUAAUGUAAGCUGCAACAAAAAUAUCGUAGAAACCUUUUAGGCUUAACGUUUCGAGCUAUCUAAUCUUUAAGAUCACUAAGUGCACAUGUAUUUUAGUAAAGAUUACAGCUUCCGCCAUUCGUGUCUGUAUCGGCGCCGCGCGCCGGUGCGGCGCGUGUUUCAGUUCACAUAAUAUUUAUUAGAAGGUAUUCCUUUACAUAUAAAAAUAUUGUUUUUUUUUUAUAUAAUCAGAUGUUAUAUUUUUAUGGAAUGAUAGAGCGGAAAGUAUUAAGUUUCAUUCUGAUGUGCUUUAUAUAAAUUUGUGCUAAAUCAUCGUAUUAGUUGUAAUGGGAAGAAAUGGUACGCCUACGAAACUGUGAGUACAAAACACCGAGCCAGUUACCAGAGCGGAGAGUGUUGGGUCGCUGCCGUUUCUUCCCCGUCGGAGGCGAAACGUUCGCUAGCUGCGAUGACUGUAUGUUUAGAAUGUCGUGAGUUACUUGCAUACUUGCAUAUGCUGCCGCACAAAUAAAAAAAUUAAAAAAAUACAAAAAGAUCACCAAUAUUAAUCUCGUGGUUGUAGCGUUGCAAGUGUGGUGGCAGAUGCAGACCAGAGUAUAUCUUCAAUGUGUAGUUCUAGUGUAAGCUUCUUUUAAUAUAUAUUUUUAUAUUGUGAUAAGCGUUGUUAUGCCGACAUGCGAGCAUUUAAUAAGUUAACGAAGGACGACCUCGUACGGAGGUGUAUCGGGCGACGGAAUUUAAAACCAACUUUCAACUAAACAAUCGCGAUACGAUCCGCUCGUGCGAAAUGGAUUGGAUGGUAUCGAUUUUCUGUAUACUAUUAUUUGUUACAUUAUACGGUUAAAUUAAUAAAAUCUUUAAGGUUCGUCAUGAUAAUGAAAUUAUUAAGAGAUUCAUAUUAGUAUCAAAGAUUAGGCAUAAUAAUAAUGAAAGUUACGAAUAAUAUUAUACAAAUGAACUCUAAUUGUCACAUGCUGUGAAAAUUGAUAUCAUCUUUGAUUAUUCACCGGGCGGUGCGCGACUGGCCGGCGCGUGCGAGCGCUACCUAGGCGACUUGCUGCACCAGCAAGUUCUCAGCCGUUAGGUAACGACAGCGCCAGAUAAAUUCCCGACAUUUUAGUGGGCGAUUUUUAUAUUCGGACGCGGAAUAUGAAAAUCUCUUUCGACUAAACGCAAUACGUUCUGGUUACGACUCGUCGCGGCGUUCGUUCGAACCAAACCGCAAACGCUCAGCUGAAUAAGUUGAUAGUGCAUGACAAUAAAGUGACGUCAUUCCCCGGCUCAGCCCGCCGUCUACCGGCUCGAGCGAGCGCCGCGCGCGUCGGCAGCUCCCCCGUCCUUAUCUACCGCGCGCCGGCCCGCCGCGCAGCGUCGCGACUGUCCGAUCGGCGAAGGUUUCCCUCGGUCCGUUGAUUUACUUUUUUUAUUGUUCUGACAGAUCCCAAUGCUUUUUGAAUUCCUUUCGCGGCUAUUCGUAUCGUCGUACGUCCGCUUUCGAUUCGGUUGAAGUUCUCUAUUUGCUUUUAGUACGCAUCAGCUUCUCGGUAGAUCUGUAACUCUGUAAGUACUUAUGAGAUAUCGUUAGAUGUUAGCGCGUACGCACCUCACGCUGCGUCGGGAGGGGUCCUGGAACGGACGCGCCCCAGAAAGCCAAAGAUAAAUCACAACCACUAGAUUUAUUGAUCGAGAUUAUAUUAGAUCGCCAGCUGAAAUUAUCGUCGGUCCGAUCCGAAGCGCGUUCCACGGCUCCUCGAUCGUGUUGCAAUACAUUAUAUCAUUUAGGUGUAAAGUUAUAGUAAAUUAUUUCAUACUUAAGUUAGAUAUUUGAGUUUAUUAUUUUUAUUUAUUGUAAAGCAAAAAAAAAACUAAAUUAUCAUGUUUGUUUUCACUUUUGAAGUGUUGUACGCUUUUUAUAUACCUCUUUUUUACAAAGUAGAAUCAUGAUCAAAUGCAUACUAUGUACUAUUCAAAAUUGGGAGAUGCCUACGAAUGCAUUCCACGAGGAAGGCAGUAUUUUGUUGAGUCAUAAGUAACUUCUUUUGUUGGAUGUGUAUGAGAGGCUAAUAUCGGUUUCCCGAACCGACAGGCUUGCCUUUGCACCAAGUGAUUUAGUUUGUAUUGACAUCUUUUGUAUGAUGUAUUUAAUAUAUGGAAAAUUCUCCAAACGAGUGUUUUCUUGAUUUUUUUAUUUAUUUUAAAAUAAAACUAUGAAUUUAAUUUGCUA